CAAAACUGUCAACCAGUUUAUCACAUAAAGCAUUAUUAUACUGACACAAACAUCUAUAUAAAACACUGCCUGUUUUUAAGUGCACUAACAAUACGACGAGCAGGCAUGAAGAGUUGAAAUAGUGUGGAAAGCAGUAAUAAAAGAAUUGGGGGCGUGUCUGAAGUUUUGACAGAUGCUAAAUUUGGCAUAAUAAUUUGUAAAGAUUACAUUUGUGAGGUAAUACAUUGAAAAAAAUAAGAGAUUAAACGUGGAAGAUUAUAAGAGAGUGAUGUUGUUAAAGAUGAGCUGACCGACUGCCUGACUGACACAUCAAAAACAAGGAAAUCCUUGCGGGAGUAAUGGCGAUUACUUCAUCACUCUCGCGUAAAGCCCGGAAUACACUGCAAGAUUUUUGCCCUCCUAUAAGAUCAUUACAUUAUCACACUGUGCGACAUGUAUCGUUUAAACUCGGGUUCGAGAGGCAUGUAGACUGUACGUUGAGGACAUGAAAGCUUCGGCAGCAGUGUCACAUGUUGUGCAACGUCACCAGCAUGCGCUCGUGGUAAACAAAUACCGGCGUAGCAGCAAACACACUGUGCGGUGAUCAUGCCGAAUAUCUGACACUGUCAGAAAACUAUCGUAGGCUAUCUUUGGACGCAAGACCGGGAAAACGGCCGUCUUUGAACCUCUCUCAUUGUACGACAUAGGACCACCGAUGAAGAGCCACGAUCACAGAUAUCGCGACGAUUGUUUCACGAUGGCAAUCUUUUGUCUGGGACAGCCAAUAAUCGUGCAGUGUAUCCCGGCCUUUACUCCUGCUAACACAAACCAGCAUUGCAGUUUAUUGAUUCUUCUCAUAUUGGACCUGUGGAACCUGCGUAGCCAUGUCAUCCAGAGUGUUGCUACGGCAACAGCUGAUGCGGGAGCAGGCACAGGAGCAGGAGAGGAGGGAAGCACAGCAGCAGGCAUCUGUCGCUCAGCUCCGACCCACAGAAUCCACUCCAGCCAUCUCCGUCACGGUCCCACCCAUGGCUGCCCACCCUCCUCCAGCUCAAGUACCAGUGGAAGUUCUGAAGGUGCAAACACAUCUCGAAAACCCAACUAAGUACCACAUCCAGCAGGCUCAGAGGCAGCAAGUAAAACAGUACUUAUCCAUCACGUUAGGCAACAAAGUUGCCACACAAACUCUUGGUGUGUCCCCUGUUCUACAGUCAAGCUCCGCCCCUGAGAUGGGACCCUCGGCGAGCAGUGCCCCCAACAGUCCAAUGGCACAUCUAAACCUGGGCUCCAACAAAGAAGAGGUACAGCAUCUCCAACCAGGUAAAGAUGGGCAGAAGUCUCAGACUGGAAGGAAAGAUCCUGGCUUACCUAAUGUGCGCAUCUUCAAAGAACACAGUCAGAGACAAGCUGAACUCAGAAAGCAAAGAAUGGAAGAGCAACAGCAGAGGCAGAAAUUGUCGAGAGAUAAGGAGAUAAUGAAGAGGAGAAGUCUAGAUACUUUCCAGAGAGACAUUCAGCUACGGCAGAAAGAGUUUGAACAGAAGGAACUACAAAUGCAAAACUUAGAGAAACAUGUCAAUUUUGAAACCGAGAACUCCAGAAAAGCGUACUGCAGAGAAUUUAAAAAGGUAAUAGAGGCAGCAGAUGUUAUUUUAGAGGUUCUGGAUGCCAGAGACCCUUUAGGUUGUCGCUGUCCACAGGUUGAACAAGCGGUUGUCCAGAGUGGAACCAACAAGAAAAUUGUGCUUGUUUUAAAUAAAAUUGAUUUAGUGUCCAAGGACAUUGUAGAAAAAUGGAUCGAGUAUCUUCGCAACGAGUUUCCCACUGUGGCUUUCAAAUCAUCCACGCAACAGCAGAAUAAAAAUUUGAAACGCAGCCGUGUGCCUGUAACUCAGGCUACAGAAGAACUCCUUGGAAGCAGCGCUUGUGUCGGAGCAGAUUGUCUAAUGAAACUGCUAGGAAACUACUGCCGUAAUUUGGAUAUAAAAACUGCCAUAACUGUAGGAGUGGUUGGUUUUCCUAACGUGGGAAAGAGCAGUUUAAUAAACAGUUUGAAGCGUGCUCGUGCUUGCAAUGUCGGUGCUACACCUGGAGUUACUAAGUGUUUACAGGAGGUUCAUCUAGACAAACAUAUAAAACUGUUAGAUUGUCCUGGUAUUGUCAUGGCAACUUCAACCAGCGAUGCUGCCAUGAUUCUUCGAAAUUGUGUGAAGAUUGAGCAACUAGUGGAUGCGAUUCCACCUGUUGAAGCCAUCUUGAGGCGCUGCAAUAAAAAACAGAUUAUAGAUCACUAUGGCAUUGCAGACUUCCAGACAGUACAUGAGUUCCUGGCAUUACUUGCUCGUCGUCAAGGAAAACUCAGGAAGGGAGGACUGCCUGACACUGACAAAGCUGCUAAGAGUGUUCUUAUGGAUUGGACAGGGGGUCGCAUCAGUUACUUCACACAUCCUCCAGAAACACACAUGCUGCCCACACAUGUCAGUGCUGAGAUUGUAGCUGAGAUGGGCAAAGCAUUUGAUUGGGAUGAACUGGAGAAGGGCAAUCUGGAAGCACUGGCAGAAUGUGGCAACUCGGACGCACAGAUGGGGUUCUGCAUGGCUACAACUGGAAUGACACAAGGAGGUCAAGGAGAACCAGAGGAGCUACAAAUGGAAGAACCUUCAGAGGACCCUGACCUCCAAGACCCAGCUGAAUCAAUGGAUGCAGAUGAGGAUCCAGAGUUUGGACCAAUGACAAUCGAGCUCAAAGUCCCAAAGGCAAAAACCGGUGGUGGAGUUGAAGCAGUAGGCCCAAAGCCAGUGGACUUAAAAGAUAUCCUGGAUGUUGACCCACUCAUGCAAGGCCAGGCACUUCUGGCAGCCAACAAAAAAAGAAAGAAGCAGCAAAAAAGAGCUGAUAAACUGGGCACCAAACUUUCAGAUUCACUUACGUCAGCUUUAAAUUUCUCCUUCACUGACAUCUUCUCAUAUUGGACCUGUGGAACCUGCGUAGCCAUGUCAUCCAGAGUGUUGCUACGGCAACAGCUGAUGCGGGAGCAGGCACAGGAGCAGGAGAGGAGGGAGGCACAGCAGCAGGCAUCUGUCGCUCAGCUCCGACCCACAGAAUCCACUCCAGCCAUCUCCGUCACGGUCCCACCCAUGGCUGCCCGCCCUCCUCCAGCUCAAGUACCAGUGGAAGUUCUGAAGGUGCAAACACAUCUUGAAAACCCAACUAAGUACCACAUCCAGCAGGCUCAGAGGCAGCAAGUAAAACAGUACUUAUCCACCACGUUAGGCAACAAAGUUGCCACACAAACUCUUGGUGUAUCCCCUGUUCUACAGUCAAGCUCCGCCCCCGAGAUGGGACCCUCGGCGAGCAGUGCCCCCAACAGUCCAAUGGCACAUCUAAACCUGGGCUCCAACAAAGAAGAGAUGGAUGAUGUGAUUGAUGACAUCAUCAGCCUCGAGUCCAGCUUAAAUGAUGACAUCAUGUCACUGCUAGAUUCAAGGCUGCAACUUCCAAACACGCUACCAGGCAACCUUCUGGAUGUCUACAGCAGUCCUGGCAUGGCGACCCCCACUAUCACCGUCAGCAACUCCUGUCCUGCAGAUCUGCCUAACAUCAAAAGGGAAUUAACUGAUUCAGAGGCGAGAGCCCUCAUGAAAGACAGACAGAAGAAAGAUAAUCAUAAUCUCAUUGAAAGAAGGAGAAGAUUCAACAUAAAUGACAGAAUUAAGGAGUUAGGAGCUCUUAUACCCAAAUCCAGUGAUCCGGAGAUGCGUUGGAACAAGGGAACCAUUUUGAAGGCGUCUGUUGAUUACAUAAGAAAACUUCAAAAAGAGCAACAGAGAGCCAGAGACGUCGAGAUGAAGCAGAAAAAGCUGGAACAAGCCAACCAGACCCUGCUGCUUCGCAUACAGGAAUUAGAGAUGCAAGCCCGGGUCCAUGGUCUUGCUACUCCUAUGUCUCCUGGUCUGGGCUCAGACGCUUCAUUUCUUCAGCAGCAGCAGCAGAUAUCUCAGGCAAACCAGUCUUUGCAACCCAGUGCUGUGGAAAACCAAGCUCAGACGCUGCUGACUUUGGAUGGGGCCAUGGCACAGACUUCUCCCUUCCUCACAAUACCUUCUGGUUCUCCGGCUGGGGCGGUUGUAAGCGGCCCUCUCAAUUUGGAUACAUUCAGCUUUGCGGAUCUGGAUGACCCUUCGGCUUCCGAUCUUUACUCUGACGUGGGUUUCAGUGACAUUUUGAUGGAUGAGGGGUGCUCGAUGCCUACCGUCAGAUCUUCAGAUCCAUUCUUCUCCCCAGUGUCUCCUGGUGCCUCCAGCAGCAGGAGUAGCUUUAACAUGGAAGAAGACUUGUGACCGAACUGACCACUAUUUGUGUGUGUGUGUGUGUGUGUGUGUUUCUGCACGCUUAUUCCUGUAUGUGUGUGUCCUUCACGUGUCUCUGGAGUGGCCCCUAAUCUAAAUUAUACCCCUUUUUUUGGCUUUGUACUGACGUCUUGAUGAUCAUAGUUAUCAUCCCAAACCAGGAAUAAGUGUGGUCAGAAGCCAGGAGGCAGAAUAAUGUGCUCACCAUUUUCUUUUUAAAAUAACACCAGUAAAACAAAUUAGCUGGAAUUACAUGACCCUUUCCAUUAGUAACAAUGAGUCUACACUUUAACUGCCCAAAUAUUUUGUUACAUAUUUAAAUGCAGCAUUUGAUGUCAUACUAAUACAGAUUCAAUCACUUUACAUGUUAGCGUAAGAUUGUCUCGGGCACAAUUGAAUGUUACUGUCCUAUUCCCCGUAAUUUUGUGAUGUUUCACAUACAAAUAGUUUCCCAGGCAGUCAAUCCAAAUUUUAUCUAAACUUUUAAUUGAUACCUAAACUUUUAGCCUUUUUGUAGCUAAAAUGUAGGGUUUGUGCUUUUUGUAGAUAAUUGUUCUAGGCAUAGCAGUGUUGCCAUAAGGGUAAUUCAUGUCAUGGUAUUACGUUAGACUUUGCAUUCAGAGCAUGCAAGUGCAGAUAUUUAAAGUGUGGAGUGAGUAGUCACUUUAUAGACAUUUAUUGUACCAAAGGGAUGUUUCAGAAUUGUGUGGAUUUAGUGGGGUCAUUAUUUGUUUUAAAAUGUAAAAGUUUAAGCAAUAUUUACUUGCGUAUUUUAGAAAAGUUUAUUUUUAACACUCUAUGUUUUCUUGACAUACAGCUAAGUUGUUGCAUUUACUACUAACCAACUGUUUUGAAAUACAUACACCAGUUUAUUGCAGUUUACAACACAUCCCUUUAAGCCUAACUCAGUUUUUUUAAUGUUACUUUGCAAAACAGAUAUGUAAUGGUGCAAUUGCUCUUCAGUCAGGUUGAAGCGACAUACAAAUAGCUUUACAGGUGUAACGUUUCAAAAGCUACCUCUCCGUAAAGUGCUUUUUUUAACCAGCAUUAUUCGGCACAUUUACCUGCAAUUAUGACAUUUUCUGUACCAUAUGUGAAAGAGAGACUUUUAGACAAAAGAUGCAAUAGCUGUCACUGGGAAGGUACCUUUAAAACAGUCUAUGUGAUAGAUAUGUGCCUGCGAGGUAUUAAUUGUACUCUUUAGGUACAAAUGUGUACUUUAAAAAAAAAACAUACUGCCUCGGUGACAGCUUUUGUACCUUUAUUUUGGAGAGUGCACAAUAAUGUUUUAACACUGCCAAAACCAAAUAUAAUUUAUUUUGUGAUUAAACAGUGUGAUGACACUCUCAUAUGUGCCUUUAGCAUUAAGGAACAAACGUUGUUUAUUAAGAAAUUAUUAAAAAGAUAAUAAUAAAAAUGAGUCUUGAAAGGUUUGAAAAGGUCCUCUGUAUAGAUUUAGUUGAAUGUAUUAUGUGUGAAAUUACAUAAACAAAAACACUUUUUAUAUAUAUAAUAUUUUCCAAAACUUGAAUGUUGUAAGUAAGAGAUGCAAUUGCCAUAUUUUUCUAGGCACACAAUUGUGUUUAAUUUAAAUAAAAUUAUGAGAAAUUAUGUAAAUGUACUGACAAUACAGUUGGGUAUCUAAGGACUUUUAUUAAAAUUAAAUUGCCCCCCUCUGCUGCUGCAGUUUUGUUAUUUUCAUUAUAUCUGUACUUGAAGGCUGAAAAGGAAACAUCAUUUAUAACAGAAAAUUAUAAAUAAUAAAAAUUAUUUUUAAUUGGAUUUUUUCCAUUUCAUGUGUGUUGCAAAAAUAAACUAAUGAGAAAAUCUUGA